UUUUUAACUUGGAGCACUGCGGUACGGUUUAGACAAAAAGAAAAAAAUUUUGUAAUUUGAAAAAAAUGUAUUGAUAUUAAAAUAUAAAAAAAGAAUAAAUACAAAAAUAAUAAAUAAAUAAAUAAAUAAAAUGAAUUUAAUAGUGAAAUCAAAUUUAAUAUUAUCACUAGUUCUAUUAAUAAAGAUCUUUGCAACAGAAUCUGCUUUAGCGGUACCAAAUGCUUAUGCUGGUCAAGAGUACUAUGAUCAAGAUGAAGAUGAAGAUUUUGUGCCUAUAAGUCCUUGUAAUGUUGUACGACCUGGUGAUCCAGAUUUAACCACCUAUGAUAUUAUAUCAUCAUAUCGUUUCGAUGAGUAUCAAUACGAAUACCAGGGAGUUCAACAAAUAGUUGGAUCAACUGGUUACCAGCAGGCUUAUCAUGUUAGUGAAUAUUCUAAUAUGACUAUUGAAUCAUCGCGUGCCUUUCCCAAGGGAAUUCCCGAUGAGUUUUCAUUUGAGUGUACUUUUCGUGUGCCGCAACCACAACCCAUACUUGAGGAAUGGUAUCUGUUUGAACUGUCCGACUAUGAAUAUCAUUCACAAAUGAAUGUUAAGCUAUUGCCACAAGAAAGUGCUAUAGAAUUUUCGUUGCCCAAAUAUGAUGGUUCCAUACAGACAGUUACUUUUGAAGAGACAGAGAUAUUCGAUCGUUCCUGGCAUAAAGUUAUGUUGGGUGUUGGUCAAGAUGGUGUACGUUUAUGGGUGGAUUGCAAGCCAGUGCCAGAUAAAAGUGGUAGUUUAAAAGCUCCGCUAGAUGUAAGAGGUCCUAUUGAUGCCACAGAUGGUUCCUUUUCGGUGGCAAAAAAAUGCCACAAACAAGAAACUGUGCCAAUCGAUUUGCAAUGGAUGAUAUUCAGCUGUGAUAAAGAUAAACCAGAACACAGCAAUUGUGAAGAUAUACCACAAUAUGCACGUGCCCCUAAGGGUAUGAUUCAAUAUGAAACAACAACUUUCCGCAACAGCUACACACCCUCCUCGCCUAGCAUUUGGGAGAGGGAAGAAGAAACUACCCCAAAUCCUUUAGAUUUGAAAUUUGCAGAACCCACCUCUCCGCAGCCUUGGAUUAUAAGUAGUACUCCGAAUUAUUUAAUUGGUAAAGAUCUUUUGGCUUGUCCCGAACAGUGUCCACGUGGCCCUCCUGGACCACCAGGUCCUCCGGGUCCUAGAGGUUUGACAGGAGCACAAGGAAUAAUGGGUGUGCCCGGUACUCCUGCCUCAUCAUUUGGUCGUUAUGAAUCGGCAGCUGUGAAAGGUGAAAAGGGUGAACCUGGUUUAGUGGGUUUAACUGGAGCUCCUGGCAUACCUGGUGAACCCGGUCGACCUGGUGUACCUGGUGAAAAGGGUAUUGUGGGUUUGCCAGGACCACAAGGUCCUCCCGGCUUUGGAGCCAGAGGUUUAACAGGUGAACCAGGUUUGCCUGGUGAAAAAGGCGAAAGAGGUCUACCUGGCUUAGAUGGUGCCAAUGGUGAGCCUGGCCCCGUGGGACCUCCCGGACCACCAGGUCCUCCUGGCCCAGCUUCUGCUGUACAAACUGCUGAUUACAUGCCUUAUCCCAAUCCAGGAAUGAUCGGUCCUAUGGGACCAGCCGGGCCUCCUGGUCCAGCAGGACCUCCCGGCCCUCCAGGUUCACCAGGACCAGAAGUAAUGAAUGGUCGUAAUAUGGAUGAAAGAGAAAUUCGGGAUAUUUGUAUGUCUGUUGUUAGAGAUUACAUUAGUGAAAUAUCUGCUUCAUUGGUAGGACCUCCAGGACCACCUGGUAAAAGAGGAGUAGGACGUCCUGGUCCAAGAGGAGCUCAGGGAUUGCAGGGUGAACCGGGAGUUCGCGGACCUCAGGGUGAACGUGGUUAUCCCGGUAUACCUGGAAAUCCUGGAUCUACUGGUGAUAUGGGUCCGCAAGGACCACCUGGUGAAAAGGGUGAUAGAGGAGAACCAGGCAUUGGUAGAGAAGGUCCCAUGGGACCUAUGGGUCCACCUGGUCCUGAAGGCCAUGGUAUUGAUGGUAUACCUGGUAGACCAGGCGAUCGUGGUGAUGCGGGAAGACCAGGUGAACCUGGUGUAAGAGGACCUCCUGGUGAACCCGGCUCUUGUCCCGAUUGUUCGGCUUAUCAGGCUGCUUACGCUUAUCCAUUGCUUUUGGCUCAACAGCAACAAAACAAUAAAGGACCACAAAAUUACUACAAUAAAGGACCACCUAAUUAUUAUAAUAAGGGAUAAUUAUUAAAAAACUUUUUAAAUAUUGUAAUAUGUAAUAUUCCAAAUAAGAUCUUAAUGGACAUCAAAAGCAUUAAAAACAUUACACACAAUGGCUGCUUGUGAUGAUGGCAUCCAUUGGAAUCUAAUCUUAUAUCCUAUGUUUUGUUAAAAUAACUUCAAUCGUAACUUUAAAAAGGUUUGUGGUGCCGUGUUUAAAUAUGUAUGUACUUGUGUUAUUUGAUUUCCAAUCUCUUGAUACCAGAAAAUGUUUGUGCUAUUAUGCUUUUUUUACUUCCCUACUUCAAAAUGUUCCUUAUAACUCAAAAAGUUUUUGACACAUUGUGAAGUUAUAUCAAGUAACGAGAACCACAAUAUUCGAUUUUAUGAGUGUGACAAGUUUUAAUCAAAUUUUUUUUAACAUUUUUUGAAAUAUUGAACAAACUGAAGCAAAUUAUUUUGGACACACCAGAAAAUUUUUCGCAUUGUUACACCCAAGUUUGAAAUCUUAUAACUUCUUCAAUAGUUGAUGUAUUGCAAAGAAAGUUACAUCAAGUGAAAGGUUGUGAUUUCAGGUUUCAGACUGGUGAAUUCACUUUGCAAAAUAUUAAGUAAAUUUUUUUGAAAAUCACACAUAUAUGUUUACGCCCACUUUUCACCAUUAAUAGAGGGCGUGGCAACUUUUUUUAUUUAAUGAAAAUGCGUCUAAUUUUUUCUCAAUCCACAAAAAAAUUUCAUUAGAAUAUGUUAAAGAACAAUCGAGAUAUUAUAAAAAAUCUAAAAUGAUUCUAAACGUUACAACUGACUGUUUUUGGCAUUGUUGCGGCAAAGUUUGGAACCAUAUAACUCGAGAAAUAUUUGACCAAUUGUGAAGAAAGUUAUAUCGCAGGAAUGUUUAGGAUUCCAACUAUUAGAUUGGUAUAUUCCUUUGUCCAAAAAACAAGUAAAAGUUUUUUAAAUAGAUAAUAAAUAAAUUAGGAAAAAAUUACAUUUUCAACAUCUUGUAGAACACCAGGUCACCAGAAUUUAGUAGUAGGUGGAUUUCUCUACACUAUUUUCUUGAAUUUGAUAUAUCUAAAAAACUACUUAAGAUAUUUAAGUGAUUGUUUCACUAUGUGAUGGAUUGGAAAUUUGUCUACAUGAUGGGCAACCUUUGGCCCGCCAGGCUUUUCAGUAAAACGACAAAAAAUUGGAAUUUAUUGUUAAAAUGGGUAUAUCUUAUUUUAUGAUGAACAUAGAGAGUUAUAUGAUAGUACGUAGGAAUCACAAUAAUCCAUUUUAUGAGUGUUCCAAAUUUGGUUCGAAAAUUUAAAAAAAUUUUCGAAAUAUUAAACAAACUAGAAAAAUGAUCUUGGGACACAAUUGAUGCUGUUGGCAUUGUUACACCCAAGUUUGAGAUCUUAUAAUUCGUUCAAUGUUUGUUGUAUUGCGAAGAAAGUUACAUCAAGUGAAAGGUUAGGAUUUCAGCUUUUAGAUUGGUAAAUUCACUUUGUAAAAUAUUAUAUAAAAGUUUUUGAAAAUCGCACAUUUAUGUUUACGCCAUCUUUUCACCAUUAAUAGAGGGCGUGGCUAUUUUUUUAUUUAUUGAAAAAUGUGUCAAAAUUUUUUCUCUAUCUACAAACAAAAUUUCAUUAGAAUAUGUUAAAGAACAAUCGAGAUAUUGCAAAAAUCAAAAAUGAUCUUAAAGUUUACAACUGACUGCUUUUUGGCAUUGUUGCGGCAUAGUUUGGAACCUUAUAACUCGAGAAAUGUUUAACCAAUUGCAAAGAAAGUUAUAUCGAAGGAAAGUGUAGGAUUUCAGCUAUUAUAUUGGUAAAUUCGUUUGGCCAAAAAACAAGUAAAAGUUUUUUAAAAUAACAAAAAUGUAUUUUUACGCCCAUUUGCAUUUCUAAUUGUGGGCGUGGCAAUUUAUUUAUUUUUAGAAAAGUGUUUCCAUUUCAUUCUUUAUCCACAUGCCAAAUUUCAUUUAAUUAUCUUGAAAAACCACCGAGAUAUUGUAAAAAAAACUAAAAGUAUCCAUUGACCCGCAAGUUAGGAAAAAAUUACAUUUUCAACAUCUUGUAAAACACCAGGUCACCAGAAUUUAGUAGUAGGUGGAUUUCUCUACACUAUUUUCUUGAAUUUGAUAUAUCUAAAAAACUACUUAAGAUAUUUAAGUGAUUGUUUCACUAUGUGAUGGAUUGGAAAUUUGGCUACAUGAUGGGCAACCUUUGGCCCGCCAGGCUUUUCAGUAAAACGACAAAAAAUUGGAAUUUAUUGUUAAAAUGGGUAUAUCUUAUUUUAUGAUGAACAUAGAGAGUUAUAUGGUAGUACGUAGGAAUUACAAUAAUCCAUUUUAUGAGUGUUCCAAAUUUGGUUCGAAAAUUUAAAAAAUUUUUCGAAAUAUUAAACAAACUAGAAAAAUGAUCUUGGGACACAAUUGAUAGCUGUUGGCAUUGUUACACCCAAGUUUAAGAUCUUAUAACUCGUUCAAUGUUUGAUGUAUUGCGAAAAAAGUUACAUCAAGUGAAAGGAUACGAUUUCAGCUUUUAGAUUGGUAAAUUCACUUUGCAAAAUAUUAUAUAAAAGUUUUUGAAAAUCGUUCAUAUAUGUUUACGCCCCCUUUUCACCAAUAGUAGAGGGCGUGGCUACUUUUUUAUUUAUUAAAAAAUGUGUCUAAUUUUUUUCUCUAUCCACAACCAAAAUUUCAUUAGAAUAUGUUAAAGAACAGUCGAGAUAUUGCAAAAAUCAAAAAUGAUCUUAAAGGAUAGAAGUGAUUGUUUUUCGCAUUGCUGUGGCAAAGUUUGGUACCUUAUAACUCGAGAAAUAUUUGACCAAUUGUGAAGAAAGUUAUAUCGAAGGAAAGUGUAGGAUUUCAGCUAUUAUAUUGGUAAAUUCGUUUGGCCAAAAAACAAGUUAAAGGUUUUUAAAAUAACAAAUGUAUUUUUACGCCCAUUUGCAUUUCUAACUGUGGGCGUGGCAACUUUUUAAUGUUACGAAAAGUGUUCCCCACUUCAUUCUUUAUCCACAUACCAAAUUUUAUUUAAUUAUCUUGAAAAACCACCGAGAUAUUGCAAAAAAACUAAAAGUAUCCAUUGACCGGCAAAUUAGGAAAAAAUUACAUUUUCAACAUCUUGUAAAACACCAGGUCACCAGAAUUUAGUAGUAGGUGGAUUUCUCUACACUAUUUUCUUUAAUUUGAUAUAUCUAAAAAACUACUUAAGAUAUUUAAGUGAUUGUUUCACUAUGUGAUGGAUUGGAAAUUUGGCUACAUGAUGGGCAACCUUUGGCCCGCCAGGCUUUUUAGCAAAACUUGAAAAAAUUUGGAAUUUAUUGUUGAAAUGGGUAUAUCUUCCUUUGUGAUGAACAUUGAGAUUUAUAUGAUAAUGCAUAGGAAUCACAAUAUUUCAAUUUAUGAGUGUGCCAAAUUUUAUUCGAAAAUUUUGAAAAUUUGUCGAAAUAUGGAACAAACUCGAAAAGCGAUUUCGGGACAAAACUGACUGUUAAACCUAACUUUGAAAUCUUAUAACUCCUUUAAUGUUUGAUGUAUUGCGAAGUAAGUUACAUCAAAUGAAAGUUUAUGAUGUCAGCUAUUACUUUGUUAAAUUCUUUUUAGUAAAAAUGUUGCAAGUUUUAUUGAAAAUACCAAAUAUAUUUUUAAACCCAUUUUUUUCCCUUAAUUAGAGGCGUGGCAGUUUUUUUUUUAUAUUUUGAAAAAAAGCCCCAUUUCCUUCAUUACCAACACACAGUAUGUCAUUGAAUUAUCUUGAAAAACAUUCGAGAUAUAACGGAAAUUUCUUUUUGUACUUUAAGGACACAACUGGCAGUUUUUGGUAUUACUCGGGAAAAGUUUUAAACCUUAUAACACGAGAAAUAUUUUUCUUUUUGGCGGAAUGUAAUAUAUCAAAUAAAAGGUUAUUACUUUAGCUAUAAGAAUGGAUAAUUGAUUUUGCGAAAAACUAGGCCAAAGUGUUGGAAAUAGAAAAUCUUAAAGUUUUAUUUAAUACCAUGAUAGUGUUGUCUACUAGAAUCUGAAUAAAUUUAUAUUGUGAUCGAAAUUAGAUGAAAAUUUAUCUCAAAGUCUUAUUCACUUACCACUAAAUCCAAUUAAAAUACAAAAACUUUUAUAUUUUUUUUCAAAUUUUUUUUAUUAAUAUUUUAAUAUCAAUUAGU